AUGGGGGCACCGACACCCACGACCUCCGACGCCACGUCUCUGGAUCGUCUGAAAGCUCUUCAUGGCAUCGACAAUCUGCCCUCGCAACUGGACGAGGCUCGGAAGCUAUGCAAUCACAGCUCUCGCGCGGAAAUGAUCCUGCGAUGGCUGGUGGGAAAACUGAAAACGUCCAGCGAUGCAAGACAAAAGAAGACGUCGUGGGGUCUGCUUGCAUCGUGCAUCCGUAUGCUAUCUGCACAACGAUUGUCAGCCUUACUUGGAUCUGGUAGCUUCAUGGAGAUUGUCAAGACUGCCACCACAGAGCCAAAGCUGAGCAUCGACACGAUAUGCGCAAUCACAGACUUAUGGCGGCUUCUUUUCGAACGAGGUCAAGCUUCUGGUGGAGCGCCGACUCUGUCGCUCCUUAGCACAAAGAGCGUGACUGCGGCGGCAAUUUGGGGAAAUUGGAUGGGUCAUUUGAGGCAACAUUGUGAAGAAGAUGCGACAUUUGCGAACAUGAUCAUUGCGCGGUCACUACUGCAUCUUGGAGUUCAGAUCUGGAGUCUUCGAAAGCGCCAGCCCUCGGACCACGAAUUGUUCAACUCACAUUGUCUUCUGCCUGGAUUACUGCUCCUCAGACUCUUAUCGGCCGGCGUUGAUGAUAUAGUAGCUAGUCGAAAGCGCAAGCACUGCGGGAACCACUCCGAUCCGGAGAAUUCUUCUAUCCAUGCUUUGCAAACCAAUAUCGCUAGGCAUGCAAUUCUUCCCGCGCGAGCCACAUUCUUUGAUAAGGACCAGAAGAAGCCACACCGCUCUCGGCGGAAGGAUGUGGCCGAUAACAGCGUCGAUCUAGACGACACUCUAAACUCGAUUGGACAGGCCUUGGUUCGAGGUCCGUCCAAUAAAGCCAUCGAGACCGUGCCUUUGCUUUUCGAUCUGGCACUCCGAGCCGUGCCUACGCCCACACCUAGGCACAGAAUACAGGAACGACCGUGGUUAGAGAACGUGUUUCUGACCUUGCGAUCGCUUCUGGAAAAUGGUAGCGAAGGCGAUCGCCAUCGUGUUACUGCAGAUAUGGUCAGACUCAUCCGCGCUCGUGGAGUCUCACUUUCUCCGAAGUCGGUAUCACAGCUGGCGAGUGAGUGCCUGGAUAAGCCAGUCGUAGAUGGCUCCGAGCCCGAACAGCGGUCCGCUUGGGAGCUUUUGUCGCAGCUCAUUGCAUUGGACUCGAGUGUCUUCGCAAAUCGUCCAUUGGCUGAGCGAAUCUCGACCAGCGUGCCAUCUGUAAGGACUUCGGUGGACACCGACUUUUACAGAUCGAGCAUAUGUCUUCCCGUCAUGAGGGCGUUUGCACAACGUCGUGACCUCAAUACAUUUAUGGAGCUUUGGCAUGAAAGACUAAAGCAUCCAGCGCACUCAGAUGAUGCUUGGUCGCUAUGGGCCGGGCUCGUUCCACCAUUUGCAGACCUCCUUUGCGACUCGCGGACUGCUGACCAGAUACUUGCCGACAUCGAUCAAUAUUCGCAAGGUCUGAGCACAGCUACACUGUUCGAAUCGGAGGCUUUGAAUGAUCUGCGCGCUGAUGCUAUCAUACUCGAUGGCAUACUCCGAGGACUUCGAAAUGAUGACUUGUUGGAUCGAGCUUGGCAAAGGAUGGACGUGCUCCUGCAAAAGCUCCUUGCAGUUACAAGUAUCCAGGAAGGAGCCUCGCCAGGCUUCUACGUUAGUCUUUGGCAGCUCCUUGCCUCUCUCUUCGAGUCUUGGUUUCCUUCCAUGGCUCAUGCUAUCGGGGACUCAGCGAAGAUUGCAGAAGCCGGAUCCGGAAUUCUGAGCAGUGAGCCUUUCAAACUUGCAGUUCAUCAGUGCAAGAUGCUCUCCGUGUCCACAAAGCCUGCUCAACAUCUCGUUGCUUGCGUUUGCGCUCGACUUGGGCACUACAGGGAACAUGGCGAAUUGUUCAAGGUCUGCAGGAAAUCUGCUGCAGCGUUGUGCAUGCAGCCAGCCUCUUCUCUGUGUGCGCUUGCCAAAUAUCCGGAUGUGUUCAUGCUGCUUGAUCAUGAGAGCGUCGUAUCUGUGCUUGACACCGCAAGCAAGACAUCGGGUGAGAGCCUCUCUUUGAUGUCCUUGCUGCCUCCUGGAUUGCUAGGCAUGUUCGUAGACAGCAAAAUUUCGUCUAUGAGGACCAUGACUGAGAAGAAAGCCAAGUCUAAAAGGACUAGCGAUUCUGGUUUCGGCACUCAGCAAGUAUUCUUGGAUCUCUUGUUCAGUAUACCAUUGGAAACGCUUACUGCAAGGCAACGUGGCGACGUUCUGGACGCACUAUCGAGGUUUCCACCAGAGACAUCCGGACAUAUAUCACGACUCGAAAAGCGAUUUGCAGCCAUCCUGACGCUACUCCGAUAUCCUUCCGAGGGCUCAGAGCUACUGACUGAUCCUUCCAUGGUGUGGUCUCUCGGACAUUUCUUUGCAGUUUCGGACACAGCUUCCUGGGAAUCCCAAUCUGAACAGAUCGCCGCAUUCAAUGCUAUGUCUUUGCUGUGCAAGAUCGUAGAGGCCAUCAUCAACCUCUGGCUGAAAUCAAAGGCGCAAAAUCGUGAGAAGCUUUUGGAAAUAUCUUCUCGCGCUCGACAAGCUCUGAUGACUUGUCUCAAACAUUCCCAUCCCAAUAUCACUCUGAUGCUGGCUGGAUCUGUGAUUGGUACUCUGGAGACCGCUGACAACACGUUCCUACAAGACUUUGCUCAUCGUGAUCCACAAGUGUCGCAAAUACUUACUCAGAUGACGCAUGGCACAUUAGCACAAGAUGGCGCCAGACUCGUCCUCGAAGUCUUACUGAAAAUCCCACACUCAAUAAUCGGAGACAGCCCUCUGGGUUCGUCUCCCGGUUUUGUUGCCGACAUUUUAAGGAAAACCCUCGAGGAUGAGACGAUCUCUUCCUCAACUCUCCAAUUCGCUGUUGACGCCAGAGCAGCUCAAUUUUCCUGUCGAUAUGAAGAAGUUGAUGGCAUUGAUCUGCUUCAUGCGAUUGAGAAUGUUCUUAAGCGGGACCUGUCAGGUCAAGAUCACUUUGCAGUACUGCAAGCGUUCGAGACCCGACUGCAGUCAGAGAGCUCAUCCUUCCGAUCCAGUAUCAUUGACGAGUUUCUGAAGGACGGACCGUCCUUCUCUGCCCAAGCUCUAGAAUUACAACGAUGCGCGAUCACUGCGCUCUCUAAAGAAGACUUCGAACCUGCGCGAGAGCUUGCCGCAGUCGACAUUCUGCAUCACGUCUUGCGACAAGCAUCAUCCGGAGCAACGAGACAUGAGCGCCAACUAAGCUUGCAAACACUCAAGCAUAUCCUCAAGGAGAAGCGAUUCAUGGUCAACCAAUUCGGCGUGGAGCAGACCAUCUCCACAUUGCACUCAAGAUCGAUCGAGGAUACGGCAUUCGUGUCAAUGUUGUGGCUUGACAUCUGCCAAAUCCUAGCCGUGCUCCUCACACAAUUCCUCGGGCGUCUCCAAGGCCGCUACCAUCUCCUCGUUACCCUUUUCCAACAACUCAUUACAACACUCUUUUCCUCCGCAGACUCAACCUCCCGACAAUCUACAGCCCUCUCCCGCCUACUCCAAACCUUCUGCAAUCCCCCGCACAUCCCAAGGAAACGUAACGCAAACAAUCUUAUCGACGAAUCGCGAAAAGCCAAAGCCUACGCAGGACAAUUCGUUCAAUACACUCUACAUCAUUACUGUUCACAAAUUCUGACGAAUCCACCUUCCGAUGAUGCGGUCAGAGAAGCGCUGGUACCGGGCAUCUGGGCUAUGAUUGAAGCGAUCGAGACGAACAAUUUUGAGAACGGGAUCAAGAAUUUGAGCGCGGCGAUGAACAAUAGUGAGAGAGCAGUGUUGAGAUCUGUUUAUGAGGAGUGGCAGAGGAGAGGGAAAUGGGAGGGUACAUAG